GAUAUAGGCAGCGGAAUCUUUCUUCUAUUCCUUCAUAUGCAGCUAUAGAAGGCGACUAGUGGCAGACUCACAGUUCUCGCUUUUGCCGCGAGAUGUUCGAAUCAAAGCGAGAAUGGGCGUGACGUCAUAUGCUGAUGGAAUGCCGGAAGGGGACCGGAGUUGAGGAGCGCUGGAGACGAUUAUAAGCUGACCUUUGCAUCGUGUGUGUUCUCUAGGACGCAAUUCUUGUUCGGCUCAUAUCCUAUCCUGAAGUUCUUCAGGCCAUCAUCCUUCACCAUGGCUCAACCUCCUUCGGACUUCCCAUGGCACCCAAUCCCCUCCUCCUCUUCGGACUCGACAUGCAAAGUGUACCUCCUCCAAGCGGGCGGCCUCGCCGUCCCGGAAGCCCUCACGCUCUUACCGGGUCCCAACGAGCCGAACGCCUCGCUUGACCCGAAGAACCCGGAACCCUACUCCAAGAAGUUCUACGCCCCGGACUACGUCUUCCUAAUCAAGCACCUACCCACGGGCAACCACUACAUCUUCGAUCUCGGCAUGCGGAAAGACCUGCACAACCUGCCUCCCAGCGUCGUUAAGGGCGUGCUGCCGGCGUUCGACUGCGAGCCGAAAUCCCCAGCCGAGAUUCUGAAAGAGCACGGGAGUCCAGAGCAGCAGCCUGAGCACGUCAAGGCAGUCAUCUUCUCGCACAUGCAUUUCGACCACGUGGGCGACGGAGCGAAGGCUGGGUUCGCGAAAGCGGAGCUCUGGAUCGGUCCGACGUGUUGCACCUAUGCGCGGCCGGGGUAUCCGGAGGAUGAGAAGCAUUCUGUGUUGAGUGAGGACUUACCUAUGGAUGGCAGUAGGAGGAUUGUAGAAGCCUUCGUGUCAGAUGCGCUUCUUGAGAAAGCGGGAGAUAAGAGGGUGGGCAAGGUUGCACAGGCGAAGUCUGAGGGUUUAUAUAAAGCUGUUGAGCUAAGGGAUCCCGGCGAUAAGGGAUGGAUUGGGCUGGGGCCUUUCGACCGCGGCUUCGAUGUCUUCAGCGACGGUGUGGCGUACAUCAUCGAUGCCCCGGGACAUGUGGCUGGGCAUCAGAUGAUGCUUGUCCGCGUCAAGACGAACGCAUCCGGCGAUGAUGAUUUCGUGCUGUUGGCUGGCGAUUCCUAUCACCAUCCCUCGCUAUUGAAAGAUCCGAGACUGACCGCGCGACCGCCGUAUUCGAAGAGCUCGAUGCAUUCCGAUCCCGAGGUUGCCAUGGACACUAUGGGCCGCGCGAAGACGAUGUCAGAGAAGGUCAAUAUCUUGGUCGUGGGCGCUCAUGACCCAAGUGUCGGGGAGGCGAUUGCUCCAGGGCAGAAAGAGAUCAUGGGCCUCGUGGAGUUGAAUGACUGGCGCCGGAAUGGGUGGAAGAAGCCUCCCCAAGCAUCUCUCUAGCAGGGAAACAAUUCCACGCGUUUUCUCCUCGCCGUCUUCCACGUCUUUCUGCAUGAACUCCUCUUCCCCUGUGCCCAUGCCGCGGCUCGCCCAAACAACCACU